GGAGCGUAGUAGUGAGGUCGCUUAGAGGCGAAUCAGUGGGAAUGGCGGAGGAUGGCGACGGUUGGAAGACGCGGUGGGCGAGGAGGGAGAGGGCCGAUUCACGCGAGACUAUCGACUUCGUCUGCCUGGAUUCGGAUGGGACGCGGGGGAGAUGGGACCACAGAACUGGUCCGCAGGAGGGCAUGGGGAACCAACUAUCUGAUCGCGGCGCGGAGUGCCGGGUCGCCCCGUCCUCGAACUUGGGCCGGUCGCUCGACCUGCCAAGGGAGUGUGUUGUCCGGUUGGCAGCGGCCCCGCCGCCCGGAGACUCUGAGGACGGUGACACAGGUACCAACAGUAGUAGUCGACGACGACUGGACGUUGCGCGGGGGAAGAGUGGAGGUACCGGCCUCGACAGUGAGGGUGAGGUCGUGGCGGCGAGCACGGACGAGGCUGCGCAGUCGGGGGAUAGUGUGGUGUAUUACGGCCUCCGCAGCUCGGCGGGCAGUCCUAAUAGACAAACGGUGGGGUAUUUCUCUCCCGCACAUUCUUCGCCGGUAGCGGGCCAAGUCUUCAAAUGGGCGGGUACGGUCACACGGGGAACGCAGCAACCUCCGGGGCAAGAGGUCGUGGGCGGAAGCGCGCCCGUAGCGCGUUCUGAGCAGCAGAGCGAUCGCCGCGCACGGCCAAUGUCGUCUCCGUCGCUUCAUGAGGCGCAGGCGCACGGUCGACGCUCCACGGAUGAGGUGUACUACAGCAGUAGGCGAAGUCCGAGGUUGACUGGGAGGUCGAGUGAGGGAGGAGGCAGAUGCGGGGGUGUUGUUGAGCAGGCUGGAGUGGUGGUGUCAUGUGUGCGACAUGAUCUGGAGCAGUGGUCGCUUCGUUGGGGGGUGCUAGCGUCGGGCGCUGACGAAGGCACCGCACGUUCCCCUCAGCACGAGGAAUCAAGGCCCAGGAAUCUCGAACAAAACGUCCGGCGCGAGCAAGAGCUGACAGUCCCGCAGCGGCCGUUGGCAGCAGCAAGGUCUUCGAGUCCGGAGGAGGGGAUGCGCGAUCGCCGCGAGAACGCAAUGAAGGAGAAGAAAGUGAGUGGUAGGCGGAGGAGUCCAAGGAUAAGUCGGGGAAGGCCGAGGGCGGAAGCAGCGGAGCAAAGUGGAGCAAGUCUGAGUGCAGGAGCAACAGAGCUCAGUGGCGGAAGGCCGAGUGCGGGAGCAGCGGCGGAAUAUGCGGGAGAAUCGGGGGAGCUACUAAGGUCGAGUGCGGAAGCAGCGGAGCUGGUAAGUGAUGGAAGGCCGAGCGCCGAAGCAACGGAGCUGAGCGGUGGAAGGCCCCAUGCGGGAGCAGCGGAGCAAGAUCUCGUCGUGGAGGUUGUGUCAGUGGUUUCGUCUGACGAUCUCGCCUCUCCUGCAGAGCGUUCGAAGGGGAACAGCGAGAGUGACAACAACCAGGCAGCCGUGUGCAGUCCGACUCUGGCUGUUUAUUUGGAGGAGAACAAUGCUGCAGCUCUUCGUGACCGUCGAUCUGCUCGAUCUGCGGAGGAGGGUAGCAGCGAGAGAUCUGGAGGAGGGUCCAAGCCGCGUCGGCACCAGAAGGUGUCGUCCCCUGAAUGGAGGAGGGAGCGAAGAGCUCGUAGGAGUCUUGUUGGAAGGAGGGAGUUUGCAUCCCCCUCACAUGCGUCGCCUGCUCAUCAUUGCCGCUCCGCGGACGUCGAUGGAGAAGCAGCAGGGCUAGCAUCGGCAGGGGCACGACGUUUCCACCUGCACCGGCGGCGGGAGUUCAAGAAUGGUGUUCCUUCUUUUUGGUCGAUCCCCUCUCCUGCUUGUGGCGGGAGCUCGAGCUGUGUCUUCUUGGAAUCUUCGACGGGAGGUGACAGCGAGAACCAGGACGAGGAGGAGGAGACAAACGACUGCUGUCAAUCUAAGACGCUGCCCAUCAUCAGCGUCAGGGGCUCAGAUUCGUCGGACAACGGAUCCUCUUCUUCUGAACAAGGGAGGGUGAGAUCUCGUCAGCAUCAUCGUAGUAUUGGUGGGGAAAAUGUCGCCUUUCAAACGACGGCAGCUCAUCGGGGGAUCGACGGCUACGCUGAUCGGAUGGCCCCUGGGGGUCUUCCUCACCAGGCAGUGGAGCCGCCUCGCAAGCCCCAAGGGAUCACGAUCAUUAUCAGCAGCAGCAGCAGCAGCAGCAGCAGCAGCAGCGACGGCAGCAGCGAUGACGGAGAUGACGAUGACGUUCCGACUCGCUGUGCUGACAGGAGCACGGCCAUUCCUCGUUCUACUGUUCAUCGUCCUCCACCGCCGUCUCUCCCUUCUUUUGCUGGGCUCUCUUCAUCUCCCUGCCGUUGUGUGUCCCUUUUUGCCUUCCCUCUUUCCGUGUCUACCCCUCCUCCCUCUCGUCAUUCUCUCCCCGACUCUCCGGUUCGUGUUGAUGCGGCGACCAGCCCUGGUCCUUGCACGAGAGGAUCGGAUCAGGGUGCAGGGUUGGGAUCUGCGUUGGGAUUUGGCUCGGCUGUGAUCAUCGAUCUGACGAGGGAGCUCGACGAGAUGGAGUCAAGCGAAGUUCGACCAGAUGGGAACAAUGAUGGGCCCAAAAAGGUAUUUACAGAUACCGUAGCUGCCGCCAAGGCUCAGCAGGAGGCAGCAGAGGCAGAACGUCAGCGGCUGGCCAAUGAAGCGGCAGCCCACGCUCAGCAGACUGCUGAGGCUGACGCAGCGGCACGAGACCAACGGAAUGCCACCAGUACGGAGUCCCUGAUUCAUAGUGAAAACGACAUGAUGAAGGCACUCUACUUGCAACUAAUUGGAGGAGCGCAGGCUUGGAUGAACCAUCUGGCGGCUACCAACAAAUGCACCAUUGCCGACCUCCACACGCACAUCACGUGGAAAGAGUUCGAGAAGCUAUGGUUCACCCGGUUCAUGGUCCGCAACGUCGGGAAGGUGGCCAUGAACGAGGUGUACACCUGCUCUCAAGGAAAUAUGCCAACUCGAGACUGGACAACCAAGUGGCAGAAGAUAGUGACCACACCAGAAUUCGAUUUGAGUUUUCCAAAUCAACGAUCCGAGUUCUUCUCGCGAUCGUGCGCGGGACUGCGGUCGGCACUCGACAAUGAGUACGACUUUGACACGUUCCAGGCCAUUCUGGAUCGUGCGAACUUAGUCAUCCAAACGGAUGACAAGGCCGCAAACGAACGGCAGUCCCAGCUGCAUUAUGUGGCUAAGCAGGGCUAUCAACGUCCGACACAUAACAAUGCCGUGAUUUAUGAAGAAACAGACGAUCUCCAUGCUGCAGCAGCAUCCUCGAGUGAUGGAGGAAUUGUAGCAGCGCUCCCGCCGAAGCGUCCCAAGAGAGUUCGGAAGAACAAGGCGACACAAGAGACAGCAUCGACGGGAACUGGGCAGCAGCCAUGGACGUGUUACAAGGGCUGGAUUCGCCCUAGUUGCUCGCCAUACGGUGCACCUGUUCUCUUCGUCCGGAAGAAGAACAAAGAUUUACGGUUAUGCAUCGACUAUCGGAAACUUAACGCACAAACCGUAAAGAACGCCGGCCCUCUCCCUCGGAUUGAUGAUCUCCUUGAGCGGUUAGGCGGCGCGACGUACUUCUCGAAGUUGGACUUGAAGUCAGGGUACCACCAGAUUGAAAUCCAGCCUCAAGACCGGUACAAGACCGCGUUCAAGACGCGGUACGGGCAUUUUGAGUGGGUUGUCAUGCCCUUUGGCCUCACCAAUGCCCCGACAACUUUUCAAGCAGCGAUGACGAUUGAGUUUCGCGACUUGCUCGAUCGCAGCGUCCUCAUCUACCUUGAUGACAUCUUGGUAUAUAGUAGGACGUCGGACGAGUACAUCGUACACCUUCGCGUUGUUCUGGAUUGUUUGCGACUAACCAAGUACAAAGCGAAUCUCGACAAGUGCGAAUUCGCCAAGCAAGAGCUUGAAUACUUGGGUCAUUUUGUCACACUGAAAGGCAUUCGUCCCUUAGCGGACAAGAUCCAAGCCAUCGUGGAUUCGUCGGUACCCCGUUGCACGACGGAUGUACGCUCUUUCAUGGGUUUGGCUGGAUAUCAUCAGCGAUUCGUCGAGUCAUACUCGAAAGUGGCCGCUCCUUUGACGGGACUUCAGUCCACGAAGGUUUUCCUAGAUCAAGGCCAGAGGGACCAUGAUGGGCCAACAAGUGAGCAGUUGUCAAGUAGGCAAGGAUUCUAUGAGCAGGCAACAAGUGAGCAGUUGUCAACCAGGCAAGAACAUCUGCGAGUGUCUUUAUUGAGAAAGCAACUGACUCCUGAUACAAGGGGAUGGAAAGCCACCAGCAGCAGCUCGGAAGCAGGGUCAAGUGUUGUGGCCUGCAUUCUGGUGGGCGGUGAUCGUUUCCAGGCAUGCAACACGUCAAGCAACGCCCCUGAUCAAGAAUCAACCGCGAAGCAACCUGUCAUCCAGGAAGAUUCUUGUCAAAUGAGGACUGGAGAGAUCUCUACUGCUUGUGAUCUAUGCAGCCUGGGGGAAGGUGGAAGUGAGGCAAGGGUGGCUGAGAGUCCAACGAGCCAUGUGAAUGGCAGGAAGCAUCGAGUUGACGAAGUCAGCUCCCCAGCUCCGAAGAAACAUGCUAGGGAGGAUUCCAUGCACUCGCAGCUCAAGAGGUCGAGCUCACUGAAGCGGCAAGCCAACCCCUUCAUUCAGGCCUGCGACGACUCGGAAAUGAGUAUGAAGAAUUCGAACAACGUGUACAAGUAUGUGCGUGUUGGCCAGGAGCUUUCCGAGAAGCUCCAUGGUCACAAGAUUCUUCGGUGCAUGUUCUGCGCGAAUGAGUGGCAGGGGAACAGGCACGGGGUGGCACGACAUUUUCGCAGUGUGAAGGGUUGUGCACAGGUGACCGACGACGUGCUGGUGGACAUGCAUGACACGAGCAGGUACACAUUCGAGGGAAAGUGGUUGGAACGAAUCUGCAAGUACGAGGAGCUUCGUGGUGCUUGGGUGGACGAUAGGAGGCCUGGAGGAGGUCCUCAUGAGGCGAGGGUGACAUCCACCCCCCCAGCUGGGGCACGACAGCAGGGCGAUGAUGCUAUCGAUUUGGAUAGCGAGGGAGAGGAUGGCGGCGAGGAUGUGGGUACAUACUUGCCGCAGCCAGGCAAGCUGCCCGUUGGUGAGGUUGUUUCAAAUUUAGGGAAGAGGAAGGAUAUGGAUGGUGCCACGAUGCAGCAGGGGAAGAAGAUCAGGCAGCCAGCGAUAAAAGAGGUGUUCGGGGACAAACCCCCUUUAGUGUCCGUUAUUUGGCCUUCCGAGAACGAAGUCGCAUCAAAGGAUACGGUGGUUGAGACGGCAAUCAACGUUGUUGUCGGUCUUAAGGGUAUACAUGAGCCAUUUGACCGCACAGGGGCCACAAUCCUGUUCGACGACAAGAAGUCUCGCAAUGGGAGACCCAUCGUCAACUUCCUAGCAGCUGGUGCUCGAGGUGUGACGAUGUGGAGCACCCUCAAUAGGGAGGUGGCGCAUCAUGGAGACUCGGCCUGCGUAGCAGAGGUACACGAGGGAGAGGCGAGUGGUGAGAGAUUGGGUGACUCCACUGUGGCAGAGCCUGAUGCUGCUCAGGCGGUAGCUACACAGGUGGUGGCAUGUAGAGACACGAGUAUGUUAGGAAAACCACGAGAUGUAGUAGCGGAAAAUACGGAGGAUGACAAAGCAGACACGAGUCUUGCGGCAGUGGGGGGAGAGGCAUUCCUGAUUCAUGCAGAGGUGGGGGAGGGCGUAUGCCGGGAGCUUCACGAGGACGGAGGUGCGUGUACGACUAUACCUGCUUUACUUGCGGAGGAGGGAGUACGUGUUAUGGCGCCCAUCGCACCGUCUGGUAGAGGGAUGGAGUCGAACGCUUGUUCUCGAGAUUUUGAGGGGCCAGCACCGACUCAGCAGGACGGAUCAAUGGCCGCACAUCGUCCAUCCUAUCGGCCAACGUUGCAUUCCGACGUCGACAACCGCUUAUCCCCUCAGUGGCGUCGUCGUUGUCCACCUGGCCCUGAGAGGCGGGGCACUCCAUACGUAGAGCAGCCGCAAGGCAGUUUGAUGUUCGGCGCGAUCACUGCUGAUGAGUUGGGCGUGUGCCUUGCAAAGGAUCUCAUAGAGUUGGUGGCUACAGAAGAAUCCUUCUUAUCUGAUGGAUGCAAUCAGGAGGAUUCAGCACAGACUGAAGAGGGAUUGUUUUCGUUCCAUACUGUUGGUAAAAGUAGGCCUGGGACAGGAGGGUGCUAUCCUGAGCGCGAGAAUAUUGCCAGCCAUGACAUUGCUGGCAAUUCCUCUACAUUGAAGAUUAUAUCCAGGGCCUGGAGCGAGAAUACUGAUCGUAAGGGAGAGGUAUGUGAAGAACAACUUGUUGAGCGAGAGGCAGUUGAAGUGCAGACGCCACCUCAAAUGAGGGAGCCUUCUUCGCUUAGUGGCCACCAGAAGUGCAAUAGUAGGUCAUGGCCCAGUGGAAAGAAAGACCGAUGGCAAAACACACAGGAAUGUGAUGAACACAACUCAUACCAUGAUAUGGAUGGUGGCAAUGGUAGUCAGGACGACGAUAGUGAAGAAUCAUACCACAGCCUCGGUGUGAGUGUUGAAGACGAUUUUGAGGAGAGCUCAGAGAAAGUACCUCUUCAUAACAGCUUUCACAGAGGAGAGUGUCCAGAUGGACAGAAACAGGCAGACAUGAGGAAUGAUCCGCCCGGUGAUGAAGAUGUGGCUAUGGAAGAGGGCAAGGGGACAGGAUGGGGAUAUGACGGGGAAGCAGAGUAUUAUGAUGAGCCCUAUGCUGCAGGACAUGUUACAGUUGAAUCUGGAGAUGGCUACAGACAGCAGGGAUGGGCAGACAAGGAUGAAGAAGGGUGCUGGAACGAGUCAUGGGGUGGCCAAUGGGGUCAUGGAGAGUGGGAGCAGCAACAAAACAGUGAAACAGAAAAGGGGGGUGGAGACUGGGAAGGUGGGCACUAUGAAGAAGGUGGAGAUUGCCUCGGAGAAGGCUGCAGACGGUCAAAUGCCGAGGAAGGUGGUGGAGAAGACUUGGAAUGUGGGGGGAAUAGAGGUGGAAAUCCCCUCAGGGAUGGAUAUACAUGGUCACAAUCUGAGGAAGGUUGGGAAGAAGACUGGGAAGGUGGGCGGUAUGGAGGUGCUGGAGAUUCCCUCAGGGAUGGACAUAUGGUGUCACAAUCUGAGGAAGGUUGGGGAGAAGACUGGGAAGGUGGGCGGUAUGGAGGUGGUGGAAAUUCCUUCAGAGAUGGGCAUCGAUGGUCACAAUCUGAGGAAGGUGCGGGAGAGGACUUGGAAGGUGGGCGGUGUGGGAAAGAUGCAAACCCCCUCCGAGAUGGCUAUAGACAGUCCCAAUCGGAGGACACUGGCAAUAAUGAUGCAAAGAAGUGUGGCGACAUAGAUGCUGCCACAAAAACAAAUGGAUGUGGUGGUGAGUUGUCUGGCGCGACUGUGUCUCACCAGGUUAAGACUGAGAGCGAGGCCCAUGAGUGUUGGAAAUUCCCAGAGCAUCGUCACAUGGAUGCCAAUCCUGCCGCGGUCAUCAAUUCCGAUGUGUUUCCACUUCACCAUGCACGAAAGGACAAUGCACUUGAAAGGAAACCUCCCCCAGUCCAUCAGUGGGACGGGAUUGUAUGUAUAUUGCUUGAUUGUUCUACCCCUGUUCCCACUCUCCCUACCCCCCUGUAUUCUGUGAACGCCGGCACCUCUCAAGUACCGCAUCAGUUCAGACUGAUGUCGAUGGAACAGGACACCGGGGCACUGCCACGGCGUAGUGCCAGGAUCGCAGUUCGUGCCCGCCCUGCGGUACCUCCAAGACCCAAGAGAUUCAGCAGACGGACGACUCCAGCGACAUCAAGUACAGCAUUGACAGUACAAGACACCACCGGAGAUCUUCCCGCAUGCCCGGUCCGAGAGGCCAGCGAGCCUUUGGCUGACUAUCGUGGGCGGCUACAGGCAUUUACAGACGCCGUAGCCGCCGCCGAGGCUCAGCAGGCUGCGGCAGCGGCAGAACGUCAGCGGCUGGCCAAUGAGGCGGCAGCCGAAGCUCAGCGGACAGCUGAGAAUGACGAAGCGGCACGAAACAGACGGAAUGCCGCCAGCACGGAGUCCCUGAUUGCCAGUGAGCAUCAGUGGACAACGGUACUCCAAGGCAUGAUCUUUGUGCCUACGGAAACGCAGGCGGAGCCGACACAGGCGGAGGCAGAGAGAAGUAACCUGGCUACCGUGAUGUUGAACGUAAUGAGGGGAGUAAUGUGGAACAACAAACUACUGCAGGCACACCUGCACGCGGAACGACAGCAAAGACAGCAGUACCAGCAAGACCUGGCCGCUGUAACGGCCGACGUCCGCGACGCAGCARUGCAGCAGCAGCAACAGCAACAGCUGAUGAACUCUACCAUCGCACGCAUCAACGGCAUUGAGGCCAAGGCCUCAGCAGCGCCAGGCUGCACGACGGACACGACGAAGCAAAUCAACGAACGCAUCGAUCACGUCGUCACCAUCAUCGGCGACAUAGGUGUUUCCAACGGACCGGAUACGAUCAGCAGCACGGUGGCCGCCCUCAAGACGGACAUCACCAAGCUACAGACGAGACCGGACGCCGCUACAAAGACAUUCAAGAUGCCGCACUUCGACAUCUGCAAGUUCGACGACUACAAYAAGUCGGACGCUUUGACAUGGUGGCAACGUUUCCUCAYGGAAGCGUCAUGCCGCACUGUCCCGGCGAACGACAUGUURAAGGCACUCUAUUUGCAACUGAUUGGAGGAGCGCAGGCAUGGAUGAACCACCUGGCGGCCACCCACAAGUGCAYCAUCGCCGAACUCCACACGCACAUCAMGUGGAAGGAGUUCGAGCAGCUAUGGUUCACCCGGUUCAUGGUCCGCAACGUCGUGAAGGCGGCCAUGAAURAGGUGURCACAUGCUCUCAGGGGAACAUGCCAACUCGAGACUGGACAACGAAGUGGCAAAAGAUAGUGACCACACCAGGCUUYGACUUGACGUUUUCAAAUCAACGAUCCGAGUUCUUCUCGCGAUCGUGCGCGGGAUUGCGGUCGGCACUCGGUAAUGAGUACGACUAUACCACAUUCCAGGCCAUUCUGGAUGGAGCGAACUUGGUCAUCCAAACGGACGACAAGGCCGCUAACGAGAGACAAUCCCAGCCGCAUUAUGUGGCUAAGCAGGCCUAUCAACGUCCGACACAUAACAAUGUCGUGAUUUCUGAGGAAACCGACGACCACCACGCUGCAACAGCAUCCUCGGGUGAUGGAGGAAUUGUCGCAGCGCUCCCGCCGAAGCGUCCCAAGAGAGUUCGUAAGAACAAGGCGACACAAGAGACGGCAGCGACAGGAGUUGGGCAGCAAUGGACGGCAUAUAAGAUCACCAAGGAGGUCUAUGACCUACGUCAGAAGUACGGAUACUGCCUUUGGUGCAACGGAGUCACCCAUGUGACCGCACAAUGCCCCGAAAAGGGCAAGGCACGCGUACCCCGUUACCACCAGAUUGAAAUUCAGCCUCAAGAGCGGUACAAGACCGCGUUCAAGACGCGGUACGGGCAUUUUGAGUGGGUUGUCAUGCCCUUUGGCCUCACCAAUGCCCCCGCGACUUUUCAAGCAGCGAUGACGACUGAGUUUCGCGACUUGCUCGACCGCAACGCCCUCAUCUACCUUGAUGACAUCUUGGUAUAUAGUAGGACGUUGGACGAGCACAUCGUACACCUUCGCGUUGUUCUGAAUCGUUUGCGACUAGCCAAGUACAAAGCGAAUCUCGACAAAUGCGAAUUGGCCAAGCAAGAGCUUGAGUACUUGGGUCAUUUUGUCACGCCGAAAGGCAUUCGUCCCUUAGCGGACAAGAUCCAAGCCAUCGUGGAUUGGCCGGAACCCCGUUGCACGACGAAUGUACGCUCUUUCAUGGGUUUGGCUGGAUAUUAUCAGCGAUUCGUCGAGUCAUACUCGAAAGUGGCCGCUCCUUUGACGAGACUUCAGUCCCCGAAGGUGCCCUUCGAGUUCGACGACGCAGCCCGUGGCGCGUUCACUACGUUGAAGGCAGCGAUGCAAGCCGCACCUGCCCUCCGYAUAUAKGACCCCACCCUACCCACCCAAGUGACUACGGACGCUUCGGGAKACGGUAUUGGUGCGGUGUUGGAACRGUGUCACGAGGACGGUUGGCAUCCGGUUGAGUAUUUCUCCCAAAAGGUGCCUCUCGUCAACACUCUCGACGACGCUAGGAAGAAAAAGCUACUCGCUUUCGUCACCGUUCUCAAACGGUGGCGCCACUUUCUUCUCGGCCGUCGGGGUUUUAAAUGGAAUACGGACAACAAUUCGUUGACCUUUUAUAAAACGCAAGACACGGUCACUAGCACGAUCGGUCGAUGGAUGUAUUACAUCGACCAGUUCGAUUUUGACCCGUGCCACAUUCCCGGUCCUGCCAAUCGAGCUGCGGACGCCCUCUCACGACGGCCCGACUUUUGUGCCAUUGUGACCACGGCAUUCGACCUCGAUGACGAUUUGCAGCAGCAUUUCGUCAAAGGCUACAAGUCCGAUCCGACUUGCUCUACGCUUUACGGAGAGCUUUCAUCGGAUCACCCGCCGGCUAGCCACUAUCGGAUUUCCGAUGGGUUCCUUCUCCUUCACUCGAGAGGAGAGGACUUGUUAGUAGUGCCUCAAGAUCGCAUCUUACGGACUCGUCUUCUGGGCGAAUUCCACGACGCACGACUUUCGGCACACCUUGGCGCGAACCACACACUAGCACCUCUCCGCCAGCGUUUUCACUGGCCCGACGUCCUUGUUGACGUCACGAGGUACAUUGAGUCAUGUGCAGUUUGCCUGCGUAACAAGGGUCGAUCUCGAGUCCCCUUCGGCGAACUGAAACUGUUCCCGAUUCCUCGGGCACCACGCCUCUCCAUUGCUAUGGACGUGACAGGCCCGUUUCCCCGCGAUUGCCACGGCCAUGACGGUAUUCUCACGGUCGUUGACCGUUUGAGCAAGUAUGCUCGCUUCCUUCCUUGCAAGUUUCAUGCUGCAGCACCUGAGCUCGAACGACUCUUGCACACCGGUUGGAUUACCAACCAGGGUGUUUUGGAAGAUAUAGUGAGCGACCGAGAUACUCGCUUCAUGUCGGCCUUUUGGACUUCUCUCAUGACUGAGUCCGGCACGACAAUGAAGCCGAGCUCGGCUCGGCACCCGCAGACGGAUGGUCAGACGGAGCGAGCGCACCAGACCGCUCAGAUGAUGUUGCGUACGCUCAUCGGUCCCGACCAGAAAGAUUGGGUUGACCGGCUUCCCGACAUCGAGUUCGCCUACAACACUUCGGUGCACCCGGCGAUCUGCGUCACACCAUUCGAGCUACAUCAUGGUGGAGAGAAAGCACGGAUCUUCGCUGAUCUCCUUUUGCCACAGGUUGCCGACAUAGACGUCCCUUGCUCUCCCGCUUCCGUCCGGAAGUACCGGGACUUGUUGAUCAAAGCCCGCGCAAAUAUGCAAAAGGCUCAGAUCCGCAUGCAGCAGCAGGCUAAUUGACGUCGACUUCCAUGUCCCUUCCGCGAGGGAGACCUUGUUUGGGUCCUCUCCGAGGAAGUUGCGCUCGAGCAGGAUGUUUCGCGCAAACUCCUUC